GAUGUUACCAAGACUUGCCUAGUAAAGGUGCUGUUUCAAACAUGAUGAAAGAUUACCAGGACCGUUCGACAAGGGUUGCCCAUGGUCCAGAUGGGGGUCCGAUUCAAACAUCUGUCAUCCUGCACGGUGCCAGUGAAGUUUUCCGCAACGAGGAGUAUCAGGGGAAUGGCCUGAUGAUCAGUAUAUCAAUGCCAGUGUACAAUCGCUCGGGUGAUCCCCGGUUCCUUGGAAUGAUGGGGACGGAUUUACCGAUAGAAGUGCUGUUUGCCGCAUUUCCGCAGUACAAGCUGGGACCACUCGGUUACAUCUUCGCACUGAAUUCAAAUGGAGACGUUCUUUUUCACCCCACCCUGCGGCCCAAGGUUCCAUUUACCGAAGACCCACCAGAGUUUGACUGGCUAGAUCUCGAAAUCCAUAGUGAUGAUAGCAAAACAGAGGUUCCAUUUACCGAAGACCCACCAGAGUUUGACUGGCUAGAUCUCGAAAUCCAUAGUGAUGAUAGCAAAACCGAGCUAAGACGAAAAAUGAUUGAUCAAGAAACCGGAGAAGCAGAAAUAACCGAUUUUAUUCGGGUUACGGACAUGGUCCACACAUACAAAGCUGCACGGAAGUACUCUUUUGGUGGCAUACCCCAAACUGAAUUUGGUAUGGCCGUCGUCACUCCGGCUGAUCCCCAUGUGUACCUGUCCUCGGAACAUCCGCUUUCAUUGUCCGUUACAGAGGAUGAAGAAGGGUCGAUCACAAUUGGAACGGAAAAGUUGGAGCGCCUGCUUGGCGAAGCACGGGUAUUCCUACCUUCGGAAUUGGUCGAAAAAGACUGGCAAAACGAAGAGUAUUUCAGUCACCAUAUGGGCGAAAUGGCUCAGGAAGUUGAUACAAUUGCUUUGAUGAUGAACCUCAGAAACCCUACUGUAGAACCAACUCUUUCAAAUGAAUCGCUGAACGAAAACGAAACCGGCGCGGCGAUGAAUGUUACGGAAGCGUUCACCGAAGAGAAGGAAACGAUGUUACAACAGGUGUUCAGGGUGUUAUUCAAAAGGGACCUUGAAGAAUUUUACCCAACGUUGGAACAUUCAAAGGUAGAAUGCCUGCUCAACGGUACUUUGGAAUCCGGUGAAAACUGUCCAGCUUCAACAAUUCCGACGAACAAUUUGACUACUAAUUCAGUCGAAGAAGUUGUAGAAGAAGAACCGUCAGUAGCAACACCAACACAUUCGUCCAUGGCGACGGACGAUCUGACCAACGUUUCAGUUGCCGAAGAUGAAACGCUGAUAAACACUUCAACAGAAGCAACUAUAGAGACAACGGAAGACGAUUCAACUACAGAAGUAUCAGAAAAUAUCCUGAUCAGUUCCACCCCCGGUAUUGAUUUAUCGACGAGCUCGGUGUUUGCGUCUGAAACAUCAGCCGUGGAGGAAGUCAAAGAUGAAAACAUAUUGAUCAAAACCUUUCUGAAAAACGUCCGCAAUCUGAAAGAUUUCACUCCGCCCCAAGUUUCACAGGUGCUGUUUGAUCUCACGAUGGCCGAACAGGAUGUGUCGCAAUUCACAGCAACUAAAAGUCUACCUAAUUCAGCCAUUCGAUCGCGCACCAUUGUGCUGAAUUCAGGACUUGGUUGGACAAUCCCGAAAAGCCCAGCAGAAGCUUUUGAAGAUGAACUUACACAACACUCUAUAUCACCUAUUCUACAAAGGGUUUAUGACUCCAACAGGAUGAUAUUCUGGAUCCCCGUGAAGUUUGGAGUACCAAAAAGAAAGUUCUCCGAACCGGAAAACGUUACCGAUGGAAACGCUACUGAUCCCAGCUAUCAGGAGGGCACUGAUACUACCUUGAUCGAUACAAGUGAUGACGAAAAUGAAAUUCGUUCAACUGAGCAAGUGAACCUUACGGAAAUCCCCAGUCAUCCUGCGCCCGUAACCGUCUUCAAGUCAAUCGACCUUCCUUGGAGAGAUGGUUUAUUCAAGGCCGGAGUUAUGGGACUAACUUUGCACCCGGAGUUUCUGCCACAUCAUAUCCGGCAGCUAAGCCUUUGUUCGAAGGAAUCGCACAACACCUGUUACCUGCUUGAUGAUGCUGGCUACAUUGUUGCAGUUAAUAACGAAUCACUUAACUACCAGGUUGGGCAUUUCUUGGGAGCUGCAGACCCCCCGUUGAUGCGAGCUCUGCUUGAGAACAACAUAUACGACAGCGUAAUCGAUUACAAUUUUCAAGGACGGUGUGAGCCAAUCGAUUCAGAGGAUGCCCCAGAGUCGGCAGGGGUUAGACUCAAAUCAUUUCUCUUACCCGGCAGAACACAGGCCUUGGCGGUCGCACUAUUCAGCUACUGGUGGAUUACGGAUGACCUUCAGUUUGUUAAGUGGCCCCGUGCAUUCGCAACGGCUAUUUUACUCCCAUUUGGCGAAGUAGCCGCAACGCAACUUGAGCCGUCCAACUGUAUUCAGCAAAUUCAUCGUUACUUUGUGCCAAACCAAAAGAAUCCUGACAUAUUCGAGAAUAUAACAGAUUCUUCAUCCAGUUGGACUAGAACAACCGGCGGGAUCAUCAAUUGUUCUAUCGAUUGCGUGCGCGAUUGGAAAGUGGUGGAUAUAGAAGGCACUAACAUGAAACUAAUCAUUGUUAGCCAAGCCUGUUCAGGAAAUUGCAGUCACUUAGAUGAACGAGUCCCCAGUGGUCCGGUUGAGAGUGAUGGGCCAGACGUCUGUCAAGAGGUGAAGAAUCCACGUUAUCGAAAAUCAACUGGUCCAUGUCCUCUGACAGAUUUGGUAUACACCAAUCUCGAAUGUGGCACAUGUCGCGUGCGGUGCUCUGUUCUUCUUCUUAUAUUAUCCCUUUUAUUCAUUUAUUUUUCUCCGGAUUGAACCUUUCGCACCACGAUCCAUGUACAUCUUCCUUAGCUCGCCGCCCAAUUUCCCGUCAAAA